GUAACACGAGCCGCUCACGAUGCAAGUGCCGUGGAACUUUAGAUUCGGGAUAGUGAUUCUGGGAGACUCAUCCGUAGGGAAGUCGUCUCUUCUGCAUCGCUUCACUGAAGGAACGUUUGAUGAAUCUCGUCAGUCUCCACUGGGAAUUGAUUUCAAGGUGCACAACAUGAACUUUGACCCUGAUGUUGUGAUCAAACUGCUUCUGUGGGACACUGCAGGCCAGGAGAGAUUUAGGUCCAUAUGUAAGUCUUAUAUGAGGAACUCUGUGGGCUGCAUCCUGAUGUUUGACGUCUCGCAGCGACAGACGUUCGAUCGUGUGGGCAGCUGGCAUCAGGAAGUCCUGGACUAUGUGAAACCGAACCCAAUGUUCUUCGUGCUUGUGGGUCACAAAUGUGAUCUGGCCGUGGGACGACAGGUCAGGAAGAGUGAAGGAGACGCUCUGGCUAAAAAACUCAACAUGCUUGCUUAUCUUGAGGUGUCUACAAAAGAGAACAUUAAUGUCAGGGAGGUGUUUGAGACCUUGACCAGAGGCAUAUAUAACCUCUUCCAGCAAGGCAAAAUACCCACCCGAGAUGACUGGCAGGGGUUAACGGUUGGGGCCACCAUUAAAAAAGAGCCACCUGUGAUCAAAAAGUCUGCCUUAUGCAACUGCGGAUGACUUUACUGUGAGAUUCAGACUCAGACAAACCUUCCUGGACAAAGUAUUGUAUUGAAAACAUUAUUUUACAUGCAUACUAAAACAGCAUUGAACAGUAUGUAGUUAAAGGGCUCAUAUCAUGAGGAUUAAAAUUUUAGAUAAAAGCAAAUCAGCAAAUUGUGAAAAUAAAUGUAGCAAAGUGCUGAUACUCAAAUGCAAAAAUGGUGUUUACACUUAAGUCUUAAACAGACAAA